CAAAGGGAUUACUGGAUUUUUCAAAGAUGACCGCAUUGUGUUUUGGACUUGGAUGUUUUCUACUUAUUUUAUGGAAAAACUGGCCCCCAGGCAAGAUGAUAUGCUCUUUUACGUCCGCCGAAAGCUGUCCUAUGUUAGUGGUGAUACAACAGAGGAGAAGAAGCAGGUUGAAGUUGAAGUUUAUCGUAGGGAUUCCAAGAAGCUUCCUGGCCUGGGUGACCCUGACAUUGAUUGGGAAGAGAGUGUCUACUUGAAUCUCAUCCUCCAGAAGUUGGAUUACAUAGUAACCUGUGCUGUGUGCACUCGCUCAGAUGGAGGGGAUAUUCAUAUUCACAAAAAGAAAUCUCAGCAAGUGUUUGCAUCUCCCAGCAAACACCCAAUGGACAGCAAAGGAGAGGAAUCAAAGAUCAGCUACCCCAAUAUAUUCUUCAUGAUCGACAAUUUUGAAGAGGUGUUCAGUGACAUGACUGUUGGGGAAGGAGAAAUGGUCUGCGUGGAGCUGGUAGCCAGUGACAAAAGCAACACCUUUCAAGGAGUGAUCUUUCAAGGAUCCAUCCGCUAUGAAGCACUCAAGAAGGUCUAUGAUAAUAGGGUGAGUGUUGCUGCCAAAAUGGCUCAAAAGAUGUCAUUCGGCUUUUAUAAGUAUAAUAAUAUGGAAUUUGUCAGAAUGAAGGGGCCACAGGGUAAAGGACAUGCGGAGAUGGCUGUAAGUCGAGUUUCGACUGGUGACACUUCUCCAUAUGGAACAGAAGAAGAUUCAAACCCAGGAUCCCCUUUGCAUGAGAGAGUUACUUCCUUCAGCACUCCACCAACCCCAGAACGCAACAAUCGCCCAUCCUUUUUCUCCCCAUCACUCAAGAGAAAAGUGCCCCGAAAUCGAAUUGCUGAAAUGAAAAAAUCCCAUUCGGCAAAUGACAGCGAGGAAUUCUUCAGAGAUGAUGAUGGUGGAGAUCUGCACAAUGCAACUAAUCUAAGGUCGCGGUCCUUAUCGGGAACAGGACGGUCCCUGGUUGGCUCGUGGCUGAAGUUAAACAGAACAGAUGAAAACUUUCUACUCUAUGCACAUUUAACCUACGUCACUUUGCCACUGCAUCGAAUUUUAACAGAUAUUGUGGAAGUGCGGCAGAAACCGAUCCUGAUGACAUAG